CACGAAGCCGUACGUGCCUACAGCGGUUCCUCCUCGCGGCGCUCUGCCGCGUUCGGCGCGAAGGUGGCUGCUGCGUACUGUACUGAACCCAGGAGCCGAGGUGAGCGCCACGAAAAACUCCGACACUAAGAAGUGGCGCCCACCGCCGUUCCGCUAAGCCAGAUCCCUUCCCCCACCCCGGGGAACAGGCCCGCCUUCCGCCACACGCCACCCGUCUGCCGCGCCCGCGCAGAACCUCGCCGCUGCGCACGCCUAAAGCCACACCCCUUCGCGUUGGGCCACGCCCUCAGAGACUCCGCCUCCGUCGCCCAGAUCCCACCCGCAGGACCCCAAAACCCAAUGAUUCUGCAGCAGCCCUUGGAGCGAGGCCCCCAGGGUGGGGCCCAGCGCCUCUCGCGGGCCGCCUUGGGGGUGACUCGUGGCCUGGACGCCAGGGAGCCUCUGCGCAAGCAGUUUCUGUCUGAGGAGAACAUGGCCACCCAUUUCUCUCAACUCAGCCUGCACAAUGACCACCCCUACUGCAGCCCCCCUAUGGCCUUCCCCCCGGCCCUGCCCCCACUCAGGAGCUCUUGCUCUGAGCUGCUUCUCUGGCGAUACCCUGGCAGCCUCAUCCCUGAAGCCCUCCGCCUGCUGAGGCUGGGGGACACCCCCAGUCCCUCCUACCCUGCGACCCCAGCUGGGGACAUAAUGGAGCUCUGAGUGCUAGUGGACAGCGCCCCUCCCACCUUCCUUCUUCCCCACAACAGAAGAGACCAGCGACUCCCGCAAAGGGACAAGGAGCCUCCCUCUCCUCCAGACCAGGCAUCUGGGCACCAAGACCUUCCCUCAACAGAGGACACUGAGCCCAAUGAAACUCUGGGAUGAGAGGGGUGGGAGCAUGGGAAGGGAGGCAUCCCACCCCCAAGAAGAACUGAAUAAAGAUUGCUGAGCAAAGAAA